GCUAGGGGACAGGGGAGGGGGGGGAAAAGAAAAGGCUUCUGGCAUGAGCGAGGAAACCGUGGAUUAAAUGGCGACUUUUCACGGGAGAACUUGUUGGGGGACAGCGCUGGUGGUUUUGCUGCUUCCUAUUUCGGGUGUUUGGUGCUUCUCUGAGCUUUUCUUCACCAGGGAGCCCCAGGAUGUCAUUGCGUUGCGGAAAGACCCUGUGGUUCUCGAUUGCCAGGCUCGUGGAGAGCUCCCAAUAACCAUUGUGUGGAUGAAAAACAGCCAGAAAUUAGUUGAUAAUGAGCGGAUAUACAUCUUAUCAAAUGGAUCUCUUUACAUCACGGAGGUUGAACAUCGUAAAGGAGAGCGAUCGGAUGAAGGCUACUAUGAAUGUUUGGCUCAAAACAAAUAUGGGGCCAUUUUGAGUCAGAAAUCUCAUCUCUCAGUGGCCAGUAUGUCACCAUUUGAGGUUCAGCCAACCCAUACAGUGGUCAAUGAAGGUGAAGUAGCAAGGUUUAUCUGCAAAAUAUAUGCAAAUCCUCCACCAAUCAUCACCUGGGAAUUCAACCGUACAGCACUACCGCUUGCUACUGACAGAAUAACUGCUCUUCCAACUGGGGUUCUUCAAAUCUAUGGUGUUGAAGGGCGGCAUGCUGGACACUACCGUUGUAUUGCAACCAAUGUCGCGAAUAGGCGAAGGAGCAUGGAAGCCAUUUUAACUGUUAUUCCAGCUUGGGAGCCAAAAACUUUGCAGAAACCAGUGAUUGUAGCAGGUCCCCAGAAUCUCACUAUACCUGUGCAUCACACUGCCAUGCUGGAAUGCGUAGCCAUUGGUUCACCGAAGCCUCUUGUUUCUUGGAGUCGUUUAGAUCACCGAUCUAUUGAUGUCUUCAACACUCGGGUUCUGGGGAAUGGGAAUUUGAUGAUAUCUGAUGUGAAAGUGGAGCAUGCUGGAAUAUAUGUAUGUCGGGCCACCACACCAGGCACACGCAAUUACACUGUCGCCACAGCAAUGCUUACUGUGUUGGCCCCACCUUCCUUUGUGGAGUGGCCUGAAAGCCUGACACGGCCACGUGCUGGCACAGCCAGGUUUGUGUGUCAGGCAGAAGGUAUUCCUACACCUAAAAUUAGCUGGCUGAAGAAUGGACAAAGGAUUCACUCCAAUGGCCGCAUCAAAGUCCAGUAUAGCAGCAAACUGGUGAUAAACCAGAUCAUUCCUGAAGAUGAUGCAAUUUACCAGUGUGUGGCUGAAAAUCAACAAGGAUCUGUUCUUUCAGUGGCUAGGCUGAUUGUGAUUAUGUCUGAGGACAGGCCUAGUGCACCUAGAAAUAUCCAGGCUGAAACUGUGUCCAGUUCAGGGAUUCUUCUGUCUUGGGAAAGACCCAUGUACAAUUCGGAUAAAGUAAUUGCGUACUCUGUCCAUUACAUGAAAGCUGAAGGUUUAAAUAAUGAAGAAUAUCAGGUGGUUAUUGGGAAUGACACAACUCGUCACAUUAUUGAUGAUUUAGAACCAGCCAGCAAUUACACGUUUUAUAUUGUGGCAUACAUGCCCAUGGGAGCUAGUCGAAUGUCGGAGCAUGUUAUUCAGCACACGUUGGAAGACGUCCCUUUGAGAGUGCCAGAAAUCAGCUUGACUAGUCGCAGCCCAACCAACAUCCUGAUUUCGUGGCUUCCCAUUCCAGUCAAAUUCCGAAGAGGGCGUAUUAUUGCAUAUCGCAUUCAUUACCGUAAGAGCACAGAAAGUGCCGUCCAUCUUGUGGAGCUUCCAGGAAUCAUAUCAGAACAUCUACUUGAAGGUGUGGAGCCUGACAGCACCUACCUUGUACGUAUCUCUGCAGCAACCAGAGUGGGGUGGGGAGAAUCUUCAAUCUGGACAUCCCACAGAACUCCAAAAGCUACGAGUGUGAAAGUCCCCUUGGCCCCAGAGCUGCGUUUAGAGCCAUUGAACUGCACAACUAUUACAGUAAGUUGGAAGCAAGCAGAAGAAAAUAGUGUGCACAUCCAGGGAUACAGACUGUUUUACAGGGAGGAAAGUCAACAGGAAACUGGGCCAAUUGGACUUGGCAUGCAAGAUUCCCAUUACACCAUCAGUGGACUUGAUCCUCGCAGAAAAUAUCAUAUGCGUUUGCUGGCAUACAAUUAUAUGGGUGAAGGCUACCAGGCAGAUCAGACAGUAAGCACCCCAGGAUGUGUGUCUGUCCGGGAUCGCAUGGUGCCUCCUCCACCUCCACCUCAUCAUCUGUUUGCAAAAGCCAACAGUUCAUCAUCCAUUUUCUUACAAUGGGGAAAGCCGGCUUUUACUACUGCAGCAAUGAUCAACUAUACUCUCCGUUGCAAUCCUGUGGGACUGCAGAAUGCUUCCCUUGUUAUGUACCUUCAGACGUCAGAAACGCACCUGCUUGUUCACGGCUUACAACCAUUCACCAAGUAUGAGUUUGCUGUACGUCUUCAUGCAGACCAACUCUCCAGCCCCUGGAGCCCUGUGGUUUAUCAGCUUACAUUGCCAGAAGCUCCAGUCAAUCCACCUUCUAGUGUAAAAGUCACAUUAAUAGAAGAAGGAACUGCUCUUAUAUCGUGGAAACCCCCAGAAGAUACCAACACUGCUAUCACCCGUUAUACCAUCCUUUAUGCUUCCAGAAAGGCCUGGAUUGCAGGCGAGUGGCAAAUGCUUCAUAGGGAAGGAACAAUUACUAUGGCUUUGCUGGAGAACCUCCUUCCAGGAAAUGUCUAUCUCAUUCAGAUAUCUGCAUCUAAUGAAGUAGGAGAAGGACCCUUUUCAAACGCUGUAGAGCUAGCAAUCCCUGUGAAGGAAACUAUAUACUUUAGCCAGGGGCCUAAGUGGUCUGACUCUCGCAGUAGUGGAGAUGCCAAAGUUAAGUCUGAUGUAUUUUACCACCUGGACCAAAAGUCAAUGACUGGAAUUAUCGUUGGAGUUUGCAUAGCCCUAACUUGUAUCAUCAUUUGCGUACUUAUCCUCCUUUAUCGAAGCAAAGCCAGGAAAUCUUCUGCAAUCAAGGCUGAGCAACAAGGAAAUGUACAGAUGGCACAUGUUACAAGACCACUGGUUAAUGGUACCCAUCUUAUUAAGAGUCAGAUUGAGCAGCAAACUGUGGAAACCUUAAUGCCAAUGAUGCCUGAAAAUGUCUUUCUGGAUACCAAGGGUGGAUCUGAUAUGAUUAUUCGCAGCUCUACAUGUGUGAACAAAAAGGUGAAAAAAUGGUCGUUUUUUGGGUCAACAAAGAAAUCUGUGAAGGUGCACAAACAGAAGCAGCAGCCAGUAAGAAGACAUGGGCAAGGCAUGAGUUCUUACCAGCUGACUGGCUUGAUCUGUGAAGAAUCGGGUGCCUCCAUACUCGUUCCACCGAUAUCGUUGCAAGCGGUGUUUGGCACUACAGGGGAUGCGGAAUAUUCUCAUAACAGUGACGGAAGUCAUGAAACUGGAGAUUCGGGCAGAUACUCGCAUGAUUCUAGGGAGGAAAUGGAAAUGGCUCACCUUUCUUCUGUCACAUGUACUACACCUGCCUUCUUGGGACCAUUUAUUCAGGCAGAAACAGCCAGGGUUCCUGACACGUCUACCUCAGAGGAAGCUCAAUGCCUGUUUGGUUCUCCUUCUACCUCAGACCUGCUGGCACCACCUGAAGUACAUCAAAUGCCUUCUCCAAAAACUGCUCAUGAAAACGCUGACACCGAAUUUCCAGUUUGAGUUAUCUGAUCCAGUUUGACUGUAAUUUAUCUGUACUAUGGACAAUGUGCAGUGAGCCAAAGAACAUUCUGGAAUGGAAAUCUGGGUUUUUUUAAUCACUCCUGGUUGUUACAUGCUUUUGUUUUGUGAAUGUUACAUUUUUUGUUUUACCCACCAUGAAUGUCUGUAUGUCAAAAAUGUGAAAAGGACCGUUACAUUUCUUUUGAUUUUAUUUUGAAAGGUAUAUCACUGGAGCAGAAGUAAUAUUUCGGGCUUUCUGCUUAAAAAAUCUACCUCAAUGUACCUGAUGGUAAACUCCAGUAUUUAUCAGAUAUUUGAUUCCAUCAUCUAAUUGCUGAUACUUCCUUUAAAAAAAAAAAUGUCGUUUUGCUGAAAGAAAUGUUUGUUGAUGUUCUGCUGUGAUUUGGGGGUUGUAAGGACAUUGCCAUGAGAGUGUUUAACUAAAGCUCUGUUUACAUGAACAAGUAUCAUUCUAAAUGAGGCCCAAAUGCAGCACCUUUUUGAGCUGGAAUUGUCUUGAUUCACCUGUGCUUCAAUUAUUUUUGUAUAUAAGGUAAAAGCAGGAUCCAGUCAUAUGUUUGAAUGAGAGUAUUUAAGUUACAGUCCCAAUUUAUGAAACUUAACUGCUGUGAAAAGUGAUCAUAUUAUGUUUGUAUGUAAUACAGAUUUACAGAGAGCUGUGAAAAAUGCAAAGCAUGUUUGAUCAGAGGGAAGAGGAUAGCAUUCAUUUGAAUGAUUUGGAACAGAAGAGAUAGACAUCUGUGCCAUAUAGCAUCCAUGUGCUGAGUAACCUUGCCUCAGCUGUGAAUUUUGAAAAGCAUCUGAACUAUGAAGUGAUGCUGAAUAAGCAGAAUGAAUGAAUUCUUAUCCAAUCUGAGUCCAAAUGUUUGAGUACACUUCAGUUUCACUGUCUGCUAGGAAGUACAACAGCCAAAUUGAAGCAGGCCAGGAUAAAAGAGGAUAAUUACUGAGAUGCUUCCUAUCCUAGCAAGUGGAGAGUACAAUGCAGGGGAACAGCAAUAGCAUUUGAGUGACUCUUCUCCAUGGCCCAACUGUCCUUGUUGAAUUCUGAUUUAAUGUAUUAUGUUCGAUACUCAUGUUGUGUGUCCAUUCCAGUACACACAUGAUGUUCAUUGGGCUAGUUAAUGUGUCUAGUCAUUCACAUUUAUUUUCUAAUCAUUUAUGGACACCUUUUGUAGUUUAUUGUGGCAUUCUUUUACAUAAAUUUAAAAUUCCCUCCCUUUUUUAAUGGUGAUUCCUAAGAAUGUCACUUUUUUAAGAGAUUAAACUGAAUUUUUUUUUAUAUAAAUGAAAUUAUUACUCCAAGGGAAAUUCAAACUGAUGACUUGAAACAAUCAUGAAAAACUUCAUAAGUAGAAAAAAAAAAGCUAGAAAUACUUAUUGAUGCUGCUAGACUAAAAGGGAGAAACAUGAAGAAUUCCUGCCACUAGCUAACUUUAUUUAUUUCUACUGAUUAUCUGAACUAAUUAGAGCUUGAAAACAAAAAAGCAAAUUUUUAUCUCCCCACCCCUGUCAGUAUACCAUAGUUAUAACAUGGAGUACGUAACUCUGUUCCCCAGUUGUGUAUGGAUUUAGUUAUUUCAAUAACCUGGCAAAAGCAAACUACAGUGGUAACCGUAUGACAUUUGGUUGUUACGAAAAUGUGAAUUGUAUUUAAGUACACAAGAAAUAAUCCAAUAAUUUGAUUUAAUUAAGAUUUUUAAUUUAAAUAAGCAGAAUUAUCUUUUUUCCUAUGAUUAAGUUAUUUUAGUAUUGCUGCUUCAUAAAACCCAAAUUUAAUUUUAAUUUAUUAUCUGAACGUGUGGGACAGAGUUACUUUACAAUUGUUAAAAUAAAAUGGUAAGUUUUAAUUGGUUGUCUAUGGACUGGGGUAGAAUGGUGUUCAAUGACUGUGUGUGUGUAUCCCUGUUUGUUAACAGAACUCUACAAUUCCGAUGAGAAUGUUUUCAUCUUCCAAUAAAAACACCUUCAGCCUAAAGGUAUUAUAUUAAGUAACUCGUUGGAGAGUUGCAAUCCAAAGACACUCAUUUGGUGCCUCACUGUUUUUAGAAUUGCUUGCGUGAAACAGAGCUUUAUUUUACCAAAAAAUCUUCAUAGAGAAUAGAAGCUGCUACUCUCAUGAGCUUUACCUUGCAACUCCUGUUUGAUACUACCUCUUUUAAAAACCUAUUUUAGUGUUAUUCUUUAUAUAACCUCAGGGAUCAAAUAAUUACAUUUGAACUGCCACGCUGAAACGUGUGGUGUACUGACAGGGUAUCUUGUUGAUUUUUUUUUUUGAUUUUGAAGUAGUUACUGUGUAGCUUUUAAGAGUUAGAACAGAUUACUAGAAAUAUGUGCCAGUAAAUGUUCACACCACUGUGUCGCCGAUAUAUCAAAUUUAUUUUAAAACAAACUUACCAAAGAAAAUGUACAUAAACUUUGUUUCCCUCAUUAAUGUCUUUUUAGGCCAUUUAGUUACAAUUAAAUCUCUUGAAUUUCAUUGUUACUAAUCAAUCAAAAGUAGUGACAUGUAUGUGUUUGAAUAGAAAUUGAUUUUUCUAAUCAUGUUACACUCUUAAUUGGAAAACUGAUUUGAGGAAGAAACUGUAUUGAUGUGUAAACAGCCAAAGGCUAUUAUAGUUCAUCCUUUACUAGAAAUAUAGAAUUAUAUUGAAUAGAUAUCCAAUACUUUUAUGUCAAAAAUUAGUUAAAGGCAAAUUCAAAUCUAUUCAAAUCUAAAGGGUUUUAAUGUUUGAGUUUAUUUCUUGUAUCGGCUCAUUGAAAGAUCUUUAGUACUAUCUACUGAGUACUACUUCUGGUUAGCUGCACUCUGCUCUUUAUAGUGUAGAUCAGAAUUAGAGUAAUAGUCAGUUUAGCACUUGUCUUUCAAAUUAGUGUCAUCCUAUAGUAGUAGAAAUCAAGGUGGUAUGCAUAGGUAAAUGAUGUGUGUCUAUAUCCAAAGAUUUACUUUCCUUGUUGGACCUUUUUUAAUAUAUCUUGACAGGGCACUGUGUCUAUACAGUAUCUGAAUUCAAGACCUAAGAACUGUGUCACUUUUCAUCCAACCUACACAAGUUGAUGAAUGAGAAAAAGAAUUUUCUUGUCGUUCCAAGUGUAAUUUAUAGAUGUAUAUUGCUCCUCAAUAUUGCAAUAAAUUGUUUAAUAUCACUGGAUACAAGAUUAUUCCCUUUUUCUCAAUAACGGAAGCUUUAUUGGAUGCUUCUGGCAUUGUUAAUUGUUUAGCAUUUUAAAAGGAAGCAAACUUUUUCUUCCCCUAAUUAACAUAGGUUUUACUUAAAAAUGUUUCUAAAGAAAUACCAAAUUUCUCUUGCGCAAACCAAAGUGAAAUACUCCAGCUGCUUGUAACACUCAGCAAUUUCUUGCACGAUUCAGUUGAAUAGCAACCAUCUUCUAUAAAGAUGACUGCUUCAGUGGCUUGUUGUCACGUUUGUAGUGGUUACUUACAGAUACGUAUAAUAAAAUGGCAGUUCUGGAGUAUGAGGGAGGUGGGGGAGAAAAGGGCCUUGUAAUAGCUUUAAAUAGAAUCUGUUAACCAGUGUUGAGCAAUAAGAAGGUUCUGUCUCUUGUUAAGUUCCACAAAAAAAGAGGAGAGUAAAUAAACUGCUUCCUCCUUAAUAAAUAGUGUUAAUAUUUUCAGUGUCAAAUACAGCUAGAUCAGCUGCCCAUAAAAACCAAAGAUUACUUUUUAUUCACCUUUGUAUCAAAAGUAGGAGUUUAGCUCUUCACUCAGAAAUAGAUGGUCUUCUCUUUAAAUGAUGUUGUUUAACCAUUUGUUUUAUUUUAAUGCAGCAAAAAAAGUCCAUGUUAAACAUCCUCAGUCAAAGCCAGCAUCUUCUCACUAUGUACAGCAGUCAUUUUGAAGUACUUUAUACAUUAAGGUUGCAGUAUACAGCUUCCCUGUAUCUUCAUUCCAGUGAGGUGCUAUGUGGUUCAAUGCAUGAUUGGUGAAACUGUCAUUCUGCUGAACACUACAACUAAACAUCUAUAUUUCUUGAUUUUGAUGGUGCUUUUGGAAAUUUUGAAGUCAAUCUUUUACAGAAUAAUAUUAAAAAAGUCAAAAGCCCAUUGGCCCUGUGUUCAUAAUGCCAUUAACUGUUGAGAAUUUACAAUUCAUUUUCAUCAGAGUAAAUCUAAAAUGUUGGACCACUGCUCUAUUCCUUAUGCAACCUCAACCCACUUUUCUUUCCAGCUUUGCAUUUGAUCGAGCAUCAAACAAAGCAAAGCCUGUUACCUUUCCACCCCAUUCCUACAAUCCAUGGCAUGACUCUAGCUAUCAGUAAUUUUUUUUCCAGAAAAUGUUGUGCACAUUUUGGUCAUUAAUAGGACUUGAAAUUAUGGUUCCAAGUUGAAAGUCUUUUUGGUCAUUGUAGUUUUCAUAUUAUGGAUGGUCUUUUUGAUAGAGAUCAAGAUAUAGCCAGUCAGUAGAAAUACCUUUAAUGCAAUACCUUUGAUAUGUAAUGUAUAGUACUUCAAGACUAGACUGCUAAGAGCCACCAGCAUAUUUUGUCAUUUUUCAAAUGUUUCCGAUAUUGUGUAGUUAGAUACGGAUUGAGACUGAGACUGAAUCUCUAUAUAGGAUAUAGAGAUUUUCAUAAACAAAACCCUUGUUUAACUUCAUCUUGUCCAUAAACUCUGUUGCAUUGGCCUGCAUCUACAGCAACAUUAAAUGUUACAAAGUGCUUUUGACUGAUCAUAUUAAUUUGUAUAACUACCUUUUUUAGGUUUAUUAGGGUGAUUUGUCUCUGAUAAAUCUGAUGCUACUGACAUCACCAACUGAUUAGAAAAAGUUAGCACUAAUCUUGAGAUCCUAUCUAUUAAUUCAGUAAAGGCAGAAUCUGAUAAAUAUGCUGGCCUGGUGAUGAGUUUUUGCUGAGUGAGAUUUGAGGUGUUAAUUACAGACAAAAAAAACUACUGCCACACUUAUUUUGAUGCUCAUUAAUCUGGAAUUUGUUAAACUGUCUGCAUUUGUUUUCAUUUUGACUUGUUAAAGUUAUGCGACUACUGUAAUGGGUGCUUAGGUGACAUGUAACUACAUCCAUUUGUUAUGUAACUGAUGUUGUAGUACUGAAGGAUGUCACCUAAGGACAUAUUACAUCGAUCUGGUAGGGCGGAAAAACAAAACUCUACUGCUUUUGUAUUGCUAUUGUAUUUUUUCUUUGAUGAGAAUAAUAUUAGUUUUUGUUUUGAUUUAGAUCAUAAUGUUAAGAUGUGAACUAAAGGGAAGAAGUGGAAGGUACAGUCUAAUGAUGUAUCUCAGGUGUUCUGAACCUUCUAUCUUCAGUUGCCAAUUGUCUUGUAAAGGCAGUGUUUGUAAUCCUGCUACUGGAUGGUGGACCUGGAUUAUAUCAAAUUUUAUUUGUCUCAGGGGAUCAGCUCCACUUUGAAUCCAUUGCUGUAGGAGAAUGAACAUUUGCCUUGAUUUGUGAAUGUACCUCAUUUAUGUCUUUAACUACUUUUCCUGAGAAACUGUGUUUUCCUAUUUUAUAAAAGCAUUACGGUGAAUGCUGCCUAGAAUUCAGGUGCCUGAUCUGUAAUUUUGCGAAGUCAUGCCAAAAAUAUAACUAGUCUAAAAGCCAAAAUGUUUUAAAACUGUUGUAAAAUAGUCUGAAUUUUGAACGAUUGCACAGUUUAAAUAAAGAUUUUCCAUAAAAUAUA